AUGAAGGGCCUUCGCAAAUUCCACGACUGCACCCAAGACGACCUCAUCAACUCAGCCAACCUUCGCGGCCUCGAUACAACCGGCACCCGCACCGUACUCAUCGCCCGUCUGUACGACUUCGAUCUCGACAAGAUGAAGAGAGGAUACCGAGCCCGAGUCAUUGAGGACCUCGAGAGCCAUUCCGAUGCUGCAAUGCGCAAGUCCCGCAUCAACCACAUCCACAACAGCGUGGUCCAGGCCGCAACUGCCGCGUUCCAGGCGGAGCGAGCAUACCUGAAUCAGCGUAUGGCCAAUGCCGAACAAGAUCUCCAGGACAAGGUGAAGUCAGCUGAGGAUUUUGUUCGGGUCGAGAGCGCCGUGCUUGCAAAAGCUAUCGAGGACAUGGAGAAGCGCAAGCAAGAGAUGAGAUUGGCUAGGACCGCGGCGAGAUUGGCUAUGAACGCGGAGAGAUUGGCUAGGUCGGCGGAGAUCCAACUCAUCCGACAGCAACACUCGCAGACAACUUCACAGCUCCCCAAAGAAUGA